CUUCUGCUUCCUUAGUCUUCAUAGGCAGCAACAAAGCAAGGCACAUAUUCCUAACCUCCCUUCCCUGCAACUCCUCUCCCAUAUGUUCUUCCUUUUUUUCCUUCUUAAUCGAAAGCAGACACAGUGCAUAGUUUCACUCUCACUGCUCUUUACUUAAAAGUUGCAUCUCUCUUUUGCCCUUUGUUUUCCACUAUAUUUACUGGCCUUGCCUUGAAGAACAAAGGAAGAGUAGAUGUUGUUAUGGGCAGCCUCUUCUCAUUUUUCAAACACAAGCAGAACAACAGCCGUGGAGUUUCAAGAAGUAUCUCCGGUAGCACCGCCGGCAGCAAUCACAGCGUAACUGGAAGAACGCCGUCGUAUGAUCCAAAGAUGUUCAGAAAACGGAGCACAAAUGAUUCAAGUGGAAGCAAAGCAAAGAGCGGUACAGAGAAGAACCUCUCCACCCAGAAGAAGGAGAAGUACGCUUAUAUUCCUGAUAACUUCACAUCCAUUGAACAGGUUACUGAUGCCUUGAGGAGAGAAGGUUUAGAGUCAUCUAAUCUCAUUGUCGGAAUCGACUUCACCAAGAGCAACGAAUGGACAGGGAAAACUUCAUUCAAAAACAGGAGCCUGCACGCCAUUGGCGAUGAACCUAAUCCAUACGAGAAAGCAAUCUCCAUUGUCGGAAAAACUCUAGCUCCAUUUGAUGAAGACAACCUAAUUCCUUGUUUCGGCUUUGGUGAUGGUACCACUCAUGACGAAGGGGUGUUCAGCUUUCACACCGAUCAUUCUCCCUGCCAUGGCUUCGAAGAAGUUUUGGCCUGCUACAAAAGAAUAGUUCCAAAUUUGCGACUUUCGGGGCCAACUUCUUAUGGACCUGUAAUUGAAGCUGCAAUGGAUAUUGUGGAGAAAAGUGGGGGGCAAUACCAUGUCUUAGUUAUCAUUGCAGAUGGCCAGGUCACGAGAAGCAUCAAUACUAGCGACAAAGAAUUGAGUCCACAGGAGGAGAAGACGAUCAAAUCAAUUGCAGAUGCAAGUUUCUAUCCACUCUCGAUUAUUCUUGUUGGAGUCGGCGAUGGUCCCUGGGAAGACAUGAGGAAGUUCGAUGACAAGAUCCCUUCACGCGAUUUUGAUAAUUUUCAGUUUGUUAACUUUACCGAAAUUAUGUCUAAGCGCGCGACUUCCACUGAGAAAGAAGCUGCAUUUGCUCUGGCUGCCCUCAUGGAAAUCCCAAUCCAGUAUAAGGCAGCUAUUGAACUCAGUUUACUUGGACGCACGGCAGGGAACGGCAACAGAAUUGUUCCACGCCCUCCACCAGCUCCUUACUCUCCUCGUGCACUGCCAACUCGCGAACCAAGUGGUCUUUCAGCACCUGGGGGUGAUGAACGAAGCGAGCUGGUCUGUCCAAUCUGCCUAACUAAUCCAAAGGACCUAGCCUUUGGCUGUGGACAUAUGUCCUGCAGAGACUGUGGACCGAGAUUGUCCGCCUGUCCAAUUUGCCGCCAGCCAAUCCGCAGCCGUCUCAGGGUUUUCGCUGGAUAACCGAACGAAUCCUGGAUAACCGCACAAAAGGAUUCGUUCGUUGUUUAUCAGAUUGUGUAUAUAUAGCUUUUAGAGAUUGUCUGCCUUCCGUCAGUGACACCCGGGUGUUGAAUUGCACCAGAUCGCACAGCCCUGCUUUCUAACUCUAAUGUGUAAUGCUGCUUUAUUUUUAAUCAUCUGUAAGAUGUUUGGUUUGCUUAAAAUCAUCAGAACUCGUGAGUUGUGCUUCUUCUUUCAACUUUUGCGAAUUAGCGAGAAAAUUGAUGGAGUUAUAAUUCGUUCAA